GACAAAAAGCUGGGUGAGGAGGAAGACGCACUUGUUGCAAAGAAGGACGCUGCGGGUGAGCUUUCGGCGACAGACGAGGGGCGGUUGAGCCAGAUCCGCGAGCAGCGAGAGAAGCUGCAGGAAGACGAGGUCUUCGAAGACUUCUUCGAGUUUACCAAGGUCAACAUGGCCGAGCUCAUGGAGGAGUGGACACUGGAAGAAGAGCGCGAGGAUUGCGAGGAGCUGGAUGCGGAGGAGGCGUAUGCCAUCCGCGCCUACCUGGAGGGUCAGAUCCGACGAGAGAAGCGGCUGACAAAGUACAACAUCCUGAAGGUGUCAUCGCACAAGGGCUACCUCCUUCCCAGGGAGCCCUUCUUGCGAGAGAUCAAGGCGGAGGGUGCUGAUUCCAAGGACAAGAAGGGCAAAGGCGCCAAAGGUGAGAAGAGCGAGGAAGUCACCCAGGAGUUGGAUCCUUCCACCUGGUGGUUCCCCGAAGACGGCAAGCUGGCGCCGGGGGUUCAACUGGACGAGUUCAAGGACGGCAAGGGCUUCAUUGCCAACAGCACGGGCCAGCGUCUCAUCUACGAUGAGGGUGGAGGGGGCUGCUUGUCGCGCUUCUUCGGCAGGAUGAAGGUCGGCAACCAGGAGGCAGGCUACUGCUACUGGAUGGAUGAGCCGGAGAAUGGCUGGGAGAGCUUCGACGCGGAGAUGGGAAAGCAAGACAAGCCAGAUUCCAUGAAGACGACGAAGCACUUUGAAGGGAAGCGCUACGCGGACAAGUGGCAAUGGAUCUACCUCGACAAGUGGGACCUGCCCUGGAGUGGUGAUGACAAGGAAGAGAAGGAGCUCCGACUUUGUUGGAUCAAGACGGUGCAGAAGGAUGACAUUCCUCUUUUCCGCAUGGCCGAAAAGGGGCUGAUGAAGUCUUACAAGAACUACGUGCCAAAGCAGAUCACUGACGACGAGAAGCUUGAAAUUCGCAAGUGGGUUUGGCAGAGUUUGCUGGAAUUUGCCCAGCUGAAGCUGAUGCUGGCCUGGGUGUCCAAGAAGCACCCCAAGUACUACAAAAAGUCGGAGACCAUGGCAGACAUCUUGGAGAAGUCCUUCGAUGAGUUUCUGCUGGAUCUCGCGCACAAGGAGCCCGAGGAGUCUCAGAUGGUGGAUGGCGAACAACACCACAACACCGAGGAGCUCCUCCAAUUCUCCGUGAUGAAGUUCGAAGAGCUUUUCCCGGAUGAUGAGGAGCCAUGGUGGGAUGAGUCAGACAAGCCGGACAAGACUGAGCGCAAGGUGAUGUUCGACCACGGCAUCUUCUUUGAGGACUCCGGCGUGAAGAACGGGCGCUUCCACAAGCGGCGGGAGGAGAACGACCUCAUCCCAGAGCACGGAUACUGCUCGUCAACCUGCUUCACUCGCUUUCCCAACGACACGUUCGGCAAGAAGCGGUACGUCCUGAAGAAGCCGGACGACCCGGUGGAGUCCAUCGCCCGGGUGGAGAUGAAGCUGCAGCUGCGCCAUGUCUUGCCCUUAAUGCGCUACACCUCCGCCUUCAAGGCCUGCGUUCCGAUCAACAGCCUGGAGCUGCCACUGAGGUCCAACUUGCAGAUCAUCCUCAAGGAGUCUGGCAAGGGUGAGCAAUUCAACUACACGGUGGACCGGGUCACCAACAUGAUCAGUAUCGGCGUCUUGGCCUCCAAUCCGCCGGGCCCCAUUUGCGCGGCGACGCUGCUCAGCCUCCAGCUGAUGUCCUUCGCCAACCGCUUCUACACCAACUACACCUCCGCCGUGUCCGAUGCGCGGCUUGAGGCUCAGAAGGAGCAGGAGAAGGAGGAGGCAGCGGCUGCAGAGGGCGAGGAUGCGCCGGAGGCGCCGCUGGUGUCGCCCACAAAAGACCAGCCGGAGCAACGGAAGUCGGUCAAGGCUCUACCAGGCGCCAAGAAAGGGAAGAAGAAGAAGACCCACAAACUCAAGACUUUGACGGAUGCAUUCCUGGAGAUUGAAGUCUUCAAGCUCUUCAUGCAGAGCAUGGUGCUUUUCAUCCUGUGCCUCGGGCAGUUCGGGUUCAUGCCGGGCCCCUUGUGCGCCAUUGGGUGCAUCAUCACCUGCUGUGUCACGAUGAUCGUAAUGAACAUCGGAACCUUCCGCAAGGAAAUCAACAAGCAGAUUGAGAGCCUGGCUGAAUCGCUGACGGAAAUGUACCGGAUGAUCAGGAGCUACCAGGUCCAAGCGCUGAAUUGGCUGAACGGUGAGAAUCGCUGGGGAUACAAGUUUAUCGAAACUGGCGGCGAGGAGAUGGUGGGUAUGGAGAACGUCACCGAUGUGAGCUUUGUGGUGCCUGAGCUGGGACUGCGCUUGCAGGGCAAGGCUACGGUGGAUGACCUACUGCCAGCAGACGAGAAGCUGAAGCAGCAGCUGUUGAAGUACACUGCGUACUUCGCCAAUGUCAAGGAGGACGAGAAGAACAAAGUGGGGUGCGCGUCGGACCUCAUGCGCUACUACCAGGACAUCUCGAGCAGUUUCACUAUCGCCCUCUCUAUCGAUCAGCUGAAGUUGUGCAAGCCGAUUGCACCGCUGGCGGCCACCCUGCAAUGCGUGAACCACGCCGGCAGCUCAAUUAGCAGUCCUGACUUCGACUCUUAUCUCACGCUGCACUACCCAGAGGAGUGGGACGAGGAAGAGAAUGACAAGGACAAGGACGCGGUCCAUUUGCUUCUGGAAAUGUGGAAGGCGGAGGUGAAGGCCUGGUUCGACAAUUCUUUGGGAGCGGUGUAUAGCGACCGGACCUUCACCAAGAGGAUUCAGGAUCACAUCGCCGCGCUGAUGGGUACGCCCUUCGAGUCGGACAAGCCCCGGAACUGCGUGAUGGUCAAGGUGGACCAUAUCCUGAUCCCCCGCGCCAACAAGCACACCAGCUGCAGGCAACCUCUCGCACAGAGCUUGAAGGGCAAGAAAGUGUACGUCACAGUGCUCUAUGAGAAUGAAGACUUCCUUGCCGACCUGCCGCCGGACCGCAGCAGCCCCUUCGCCGUGCUGGAGGAGAUGAACCUGGAGAUCGUCGAGAAGGAGCUGGCCCAUGCGAAAGAGGAAGAGGGGAAGCCCACAGAAGGUGGCAGGCUCUACAAAUUCAACGCGCUUCUGGAAGAAGAAGGCGACGAGGAUGGGAACUGGAACGAUGCAUCGAGGUACGGCAGUAUCGGCUUCUGGUGCUACCCGGGCUGCGAGUUCAAGGUGCCGAUCCCCCCCACCGUGAGCAAGUUCAAGCUCAUGGUCUGGGCCCAGCACACGGAACCCGACGGCAAGCACGUGGAAGAGCUCCUAGGGAUCUCAGAGUCUUUCGACCUGAUGCUCCCCGAAGAGGACCAGAUUUGGGCGGAGAAGGCGGAGGACAUGGCGCUGGGCACAGACAUGGCCGACCAGAAGCGCCUCCCCAUCUUUACGAGCUGGCACGCUGACAGCCGCAAGGGCCUGGUAAGGAUCAAGGAAGAUGAUGAAGGAACCGAGGCCAUCACGGGCUGCUUCGCAGAGCAGCGCAAGCGUCUCCGGGAGUACUUCUACCCCACCAUCAACAAGCUCACGGUCCACGAGUGCACCGGCUUUGUGGACGUCUCGGUUCGGCCCCUGACGAAAGAGGAGAAGGAUGAGGACCACAAAAUGCUGGACGCGGCGAAGGACGUGGUGGUGGGCGCCAGCGAGAUGAACAAGUCCAAGCUGAGGCGGCACUUGGACCGCCGCCCGAUCUUGGCCAAGUUCUUCGGCAUGCGCAUGCAUGACGAAUGCUUUCAGCAUCUCAAGUCCCACCUGGAGCGGCUGAAAAAGUUCAAGGUGGACAACAGCAUGGACAAGGGAGUCAUGGGCGGCAUGGUGGACAUGGCCAGGGACAUGGUCUCAUCAGGCCGACAGAACGAGCUGCAAUCCUUGCUGUAUGAUGCGGACAUCCGGCGAUCUUUGUGGAAGGAAGAGGAGAUGGACGCAGCCAUCGCAUGCCUGGAGCAGGCUUUGAAGGAGCAGGAUGAAAGGAGCAGCGAUGAGAAAAGCAAUGCUCCCAUCGAGAAUUACAGGAUCCAGGAGCGCUGGCGAGGCCAGAGACGUUUCAGGAUCACUCACAAAGAGGAGACAGAGGAAGGGAAGUUUGAGGCCACCUUGCUGGAGCAGCUCAAAACCUUUAAGAAGGCGCAGUCCCGGGGCGCCAAGUCCAUCCUCCACUACGUGAUUGUGGCGGACCACCUGAAGCCCAACAAGGUCUGGCGCCCAGAUGCGAUCUCUCCCCACAUCUGCGGCAUCAUCACCAACACCAUGCAGGAUGUCCCGCUCAUUCGGAUGAAGUGCGAGCAGUUCCGGGACAUCACCUUCUUCCGGGAACAGCUGAGCUCCCGCGAGGAGCUGCCAGCCUAUGUGAACGCUCGGCUCGUCUUCAAGGCCGAGGGAGCUGAGGCGGCCAAGUUCUACGAGCGCCUCGAGACGAAGAUCGAGUACAGCGACGGUUGGGCCAGUGCCGUUGCCGGCUUCAUGAACGGGAAGAAGACGGAGGACUACGACGUUUUCAACCGCAAGGAGCAGUUGAUGCCCUGGACGGCGGGGAACGUGAGCGCCAAGGACGAGGACUUUCCCUUGAGCAUCUACUGCAAGGCUCAUGCCAACAAAGACAAGUGGAUGUUGAACGACGGGACCGGCGACUACUUCCCGGUAUGGCUCUACUGGGACGGCUUCGCGCGCUGGGUGAUUUCUCCGAAGCGCGGGGAGCCGGCCCCGUAUGGCUUGAAGACGGACAAGGACGAGGACGUCUUCUUCUACGUAAAGGACGCCGCCAUCACGCCGGAUCGCGUGAACUCCACCUGGAUGGGCUGGAAUGGGAAGCAGUGGGAGGAGGAGCCCACGAUCCGGGCGCUGUCCAAGUUCACGGGCCAGCAGAAGGAGGAAGCCUCGAGGGCGCAGCAGCUGGCCUCGCACGCCAAGACAGUGAAUGCGGAGAAUCGUGGUAGCAGCCUAAUGGGCGAGGUGUGGCGUGCCAUCACAUACAUCUUCCAGUCCACAGGGAGUGCGAAGACCUCCCCGGAGAUCAAGGAGUGCUUGAUCGGCCUGGAGGGCGGCAAUAUCAUCAUCUCCUGGAAAGACAUCCACCAGGAGGAUUUGGCGCCGUUGCGGAAGUUCUUGUUAGCGGAGUUCGGGAGCUACUAUGCUGCAUGGGUCUUCCUUUGCAGAAACUGCACUAUCACCAAGGAAAUAUGCGUCCGCAACUUGGCGAAGAUGCUGAAGCGCUGCUGGGAGGAGCUUGAGGCAGCUCAACAUCAGCGCGACCAGGAGAAGAAGAAGAACUUCCAAGCGGGGAAGAACCUCGGCGCCAAGAAGGCCGAAAAGGAGGAUCGCCCGGCGAACCGUUCGCUCUUGAACAGAGGUGACUCUAUCAUGGAGAAGGUUAAGACGCAGGCGGUCGACCAGCCUGAUACCGCAGGAGAUAAAACUCCGAAGAGCAUGGCCGCGGACGAGUCGCCAAAGAAGAAGGCCACCCUCUUCGCGUCCAUGUUCAACAAGGCGAAGAAAGCUGGCACCAAGGAUGGCCCCCCAAUGGCUCACGAGAAAACCUCCACCUCGGUGACCGCUGCCAUGUCCAUGGGUGGGAGCGAGGCGAAUAAAGAAGAGAAGAUCAUGAAGAAGUACUUGAAAGAAGCGGUCAAGGAGUUGGAAGUGCUGGAGCAGCUGUGCCAAGAGAUCAUGGACUGCUUGGACCACGAUGGGGAUGGCCAACUCGAGGUGGAGGAAGUUCUUCACCUGGCGAAGAUUAUGGACGAGGGUAAAGAGACCAACCCCAAGUUGAAGGAGUUCUGCGCCUUCCUCAAUGCGCACCCCAAGUACCGGGAGGUGGAACACUUUUGGGCGGACCUCAGCGAGGGCUUUGAGCUUUCAAAGGAGGAGUUCGUGAGAGACUCCAAGCUUCUGCUGUCGCGCUUCAACAAUCAGCAGAAGAUGAUGCGCUCGGUGGCGGAGGAGCCGAUGGACCUCCACGCCAGGUCUGAGGCCAUCUUCUCCAAGUUGGACGUGCAAAUGAGCGGGGGCAUCUCCCUCUUUGAGCUUAUCCCCAUGGCUGGCGACACGAUCGAGGAAGCGGACUCAAACCUGGUGAAGUUCCGAAUCCCUCUGACCUUCAUCAAGGAGAUCCGCAUUGACGCCUCCCGUGCUGCAGGCAGCGAGGAACGCCUCACCGUGAGGUUCCAGGUUCACCCGGACUUCGAGAACGCGGCGGAGUGGCGCGCGGUCAAGAAGGGCCUCGCACCGGAUUGGGAGCCGAACCCAGGCUUCGAGCCAGCUCCUCAGAUCGCGAGCGAGCGACUCAAAGCCCACCCAAGAAGGAUCAAGAAGGCGGCCGGCUUGCGGCGCGUCACCGGCGGCACAGGGUACAAGCGGAUACUCAGCUGCGAGUCGACGAGAGAGCACAGCCACCGCCAAACACGAGCAAGCGGCCCCGGCUACGCCUCCUUGGCGAAAAAGAAGGAGCUGAUGGGGCAGCUUCUGAGGCUUCGGAAUCAGAAGGCCUUAAGGACUCACAAGGCCAUGGACCAAGGCGCCAAACAGCUCCAACUUCCAACCUCAUGUUAA